AUGAAGUUGUUGUACGUUGCUGUCGUCGCCCUGUUGGGAUUGAGCGCCGUGGAAGUGUCUGCGAAGGACGACAAGGAGUGCGAGGUGUGCAUCAAGGUCAUCGAUACGCUGAAGGCGCAAUACACCGACUUGCUCAAGGAAUCCAAGGGCAAGCCGAAAUUGGACGUGGCCGAAGUUGCCCUGGAAAAAAUGUGCACCAAGUUCAAGUCGAGCCCGAAGGAAAAGAAGCUGUGCUACUUUUUGGAACCGAUGAAGAAGGAUGCCGCGCGCCAAGUCACGUUUAACAAGGACACGUUGAAGAUCUGCCAAAGCUUGACUAAGAAGAACCCCGAGUUCUGCUCCAUUCGAUUCCCUAUCAAGACGGAGGCCGGCGCCGACUACUCGAAGCUUCGCGUGAAGGAGCUCAAGAAAAUCCUCAGCGAACGUGGCGUGUCAUGCAACGGAUGUGUCGAAAAGUCGGACUUCGUCAAAAAGCUGCAAGACACGGAGCACAUCGAGUUGUAG